AUGAGCACCGCUCUGCCCCAAACAGUCAGGGCCGUCAUCCAGCCGGACCCCGAGACCGACGCCCUCAUCCUCACCGAGACGGCGCUCCCCAGGCCCAAGGAGGGCGACAGCGAGGAGCACCUCGUGCAGAUCAAGGCCACGUCGCCCUGCCUGGGCGAGCUCACCUGGGAGCGCUACUUUCCCGACACCUUCACGGCCGAGCGGGAGCGCGUGCCCGGGACCGAGGGCGCCGGUGUCGUUGUCACGGCGCCCUUCGGGUCCCCCUUCAAGCCCGGCGACGAAGUCUACUUCCGCAACGAAGCAAACCGCCGCGGCUGCCUCAGCGACUACACGCUCGUCCAAAAGAGCGCCCUCGCCCUGAAGCCCAGCGCGCAGGGCUGGGUCGAGGCCGCGGCCACGCCGCUGAGCGCCCUGACGGCCUACCAGGGCCUCUUCGAGCACGGCCUGCUGGACCCGCGGGCCAUGGCCACGCAGGGCGGCGACGCCCGGGCCCGCGAGGCCAACGGCAAGAUAAGGUUGCUCAUCACGGCGGCGAGUGGAAACGUCGGCAGCUGGGCUGUGCAGCUCGCGGCGGCGGCCGGCGCGGGCGCCAUUGUCGCCGUGUCCGGUCCGUCCAAGGCCGACGACGUGCGCAAGGCCGGUGCAACAGACAUAAUUGAUUACACCAAGCAGUCGAUUGCCAGCUGGGCUGCCGCCCAGGACCCGUCCUCGACGCACUGCGACAUGGCCCUCGACUGCGCCGGCGGCGACUCGCUCGCCGGGUGCUGGGCGGCCAUCCGGGACGGCGGCGUGCUGCUCAGCGUCUGCGGCUCGCCCGAGAGCCUUAGGCCCGCAUCGGUGGCGAAGUCCAAGAAGCUCGCCAAGGCCACCUGGUUCCUCGUCCGGCCGCGCGGCUCCGACCUCGCGGAGAUCACGAAGCUGGUCGACGCCGGCAUCGGCAGGCCGCGCGUCGAUAGCGCCGUUGAGUUUGACGACUUCCAACAGGCCUUUGACAAGACGGAGACGAGGCAUGCCAACGGCAAGGUGGUCAUUAAGGUUAUGGCAUAA